AUGGCCGCAGAUCCCUUUGACCGUCUCCCCGACGAGCUCCUCCACGCCGUGUUCACCAAAGUCGGCGAAUCCGACGCCAAGUCACUCCUCCGCUGCCUCGCCGUCUGCCGGAGAUUCGCUUCCCUCGCCGUCCAAACCAAUUCCGUCACUCUCUCCCUCCCACCACUCAACCCCACUCCCUCCUCGUCCUCCAACCUCUUCUUCAGCUUCCUCCGCAAGCUGAUCGCCGCCGUCGCCAAACCCAGCCGUGAUCUCCUCCACCGCCGCCGUAUCCACCGCCACGAUUGCUCCAAAUCAAACGGGGAACCACCCGCCCCUGUUUCCUACCACUCCCCUGCCCACCUCCUCUGUUCCUUCCCGGAGCUCAAAUCUCUCCACCUCCGGCUACCUUCCGACGACUCUGACGUGGGCGGCGGAUGCGGGGCGGAAGGGGAUCCGAUUCUAAAGUGGAAUGCGGAGUUCGGUAGCCAGAUCAAGAGUUGCGUCAUCCUCGGCGCCACGUCAUUCCGAAGAACAAUUAAUAGCCAGAGCAGAGUAGGAGAAAGAACAGGGGAGCAGCAAGAAGAAGAAGAACGAGAUACUCAGGGGACUCUGAGCGACGACAAUCUGAAGCUGAGAAUAAUGUGGACGAUUUCCUGCCUGCUUGCUGCCUCCGCAAGGCAUUCUCUCGUGAAGAAGCUUCUGGCCGGGGGGAAAAAUCAGCACUCUGCUCUGGAAAAUGUGAUUCUCAGCGACGUAACGAAACAGGGGAAGGUUACCAUGGGGAAAGAUGAGAUUUUGGAGCUGAGAGACUCUGUAUCGUCGUCUUCGAUGAAUGUUGGUGAUAAUGAUUCGUCGAAUUCGACAAUGGGUAGGAGUCGGGUUCCGGAUUUGAAGCUGCGGAUGUGGUACCUGCCGGAGUUGGAGAUGAAGGAAACAGGGUAUUCGAUGACAGGGGCGACUCUGAUCGAAAUCCGGCCUGCGGGCGCCGGCGACGGCGAAGGCAGGGGAGAUGGGCUGAAGUUGGUUGGUGACGUUAAUGGUGAUGGUGAUGAUGAUGGGGAAGUGAGCAAGGCGUGCGGUGAAGCUGUGAGGGAGAUGAUGAAGAUGAAGAGGUGUUACGUCAUCACCAUGAAUUCCUUUUGA